AUGGCGGCUGUAGUGGGCAUAUCACCCAUUAGAGCACGACUUGCUUCCAAGAAGCUCUUCCAAGUCACUUUCGUGUGCAAGCGAUGUCUCCAGCAACAGUCCAAAGCGCCACCCGCAUACCGAUCAAUCCGACAAACCCCAUUCCUUAAAGCCUUCCGAUCGCACGGCCCAGCACAGCUCAGACAACAGAGCUCAUCAACCGCAUCACCGCUAGGAGCGUUGGGUCGAAGCAUUGGCGAAUCGUCGAGAAACCUCCCCUCUAAAUCCUCAUCGUGGCCGCAGACCAGUUCCAAGUCCGUCGCGUACUGGCUUUUGGGAUCUGCAGCAAGCGUCUUUGGAAUUGUUGUCUUUGGUGGAUUGACACGACUCACAGAGUCGGGGCUCAGUAUAACAGAAUGGCGACCCGUGACUGGGUCGUUUCCUCCGCGAGAUCAGCAAGCCUGGGAAGAGGAGUUUGCAAGAUAUAAGCUGAGUCCAGAGUUCAAGCAAUUGAACAGCCACAUGGAUGUGAACGACUUCAAGCAGAUAUAUUGGAUGGAGUGGGGACACAGACUAUGGGGAAGAGUGGUUGGAAUUACCUUCCUCUUGCCUACGGGGUACUUCAUCAUCAUCAGAAAAGUCGAUCCGAGGAUGGCACUGCGAUUAGUCGGGAUUUGUGGGUUGAUUGGGUUCCAGGGAUUCAUCGGAUGGUGGAUGGUCAAGAGCGGGUUGAAAGACGAUCUAUUCGAACAAGGGAAACACCCUCGAGUCAGCCAAUACCGAUUGACUGCGCAUUUGGGGACAGCAUUCAUCGCAUAUCUGUGCAUGCUGUGGAAUGGUAUGCGCAUACUGCAAGAGCAUCGACUGAUACGCGACCCGGAAAAUGGCUUGAAGCUGUUGCAGACACUGCAAAAGCCUGAGUUGAGAGCGUUCAAGCGGUUGGUGGGAGCACUCUCCGUCCUUGUCUUCGUCACGGCAAUGUCAGGUGCUCUUGUGGCAGGAUUGGAUGCUGGUCUGAUCUACAACGACUUUCCAUGGAUGGGCCAAGGACUCAUACCUCCCAAGCGAGAGAUGUUCGACCCUUUCUACUCCCACACCGAGGACCAGAAAGAUCUCUACUGGCGAAACGCUCUAGAGAACCCAGUGCUCGUUCAACUCGACCACCGCAUUCUCGCAACGACGACUUUUUCAGCCAUCGUAGCACUCUGGACGUACAGCCGGUUCAGCCCUGCAGUGAAAGCCAGUCUACCGAAAGCUGCCAAGGGUAGCAUGAUGGGCGUCCUCCACAUGGCCAGCUUGCAGGUCGCUCUUGGAAUCACCACGUUGUGGUACCUCGUCCCUACACCUCUGGCAGCGGCACAUCAAGCGGGAGCGUUGGCGUUGCUCACAACGGUGUUCGUACUUGGCAGCCGUCUUUGGGUGCCGAAGCGAUCUUGGAGGUUGGUGCGGCAGGCCCUGGCACAGACGAAGAACAAUAUGGCUUCGUCGGCGGUAUCCAAGCACCAGCCGAAGGAGGUUUCGAAGACGAGUCAUGAUGGUGGCGCGAUGGUCGAGGAGAAGGAGGCCAGUGCCAAGGCCAGCGCGAGCGCAGGCCUCAAUCUGAAUGUCUUCGGCGCGGUGGCAGGCAUGUUCUCAGGCAAGUCCAGCAAGGAGCAGAAUGCGGAUGGAAGCACUCUCGAGACGAAGGAGGAGAAUGCGGCGAUUAAAGGAGCUGGUGCUGGCAAUCUCAAUGCUAAUGCGGCGGCUGAUGCGGAGCAGAAGGGUCGCCAGAUGAGGGCUGCUAUCCAGGAUAAGAAUGCCUCAUGA